UCACAAUAUUUGAAUUAUGAACCGAUCUUAUUAUAAUUGAAAUUGAAAACUCGGGUAUUAUUGACUCAGGGAUUGAAUUAUAAUUCGAUAUGUAGAUUUCCCGUGAAAGAUGUGUUGCGCCUUCAGUAGUGGUUAAAAGAAAUGAAGAGGAAGGACUGGAAGUCAAACCGAAAUAGCACAUUGUGUUCAGCUCAUUUUACAAAUGACUGCUUUGAUAGGACAGAAUUCCUAAUUACAUUGAAAAAGAACAGUGUACCAACUACAUUUGACAACCCAAAAUCAGAGUGUCCAUCUUGUCACCGAUUAAGGGAAUAUGGACGUGGCUAUUCAUUCUUCAAGUUCCCAUUGGAUAAACCUGAUAUUAUGAAGCAGUGGAUCGCAAAUAUAAACAUUGGACCGUGGUCUCCAUCAGGUGAUAGCUUUCUGUGUUCCGACCACUUUGAACCCUCUUGCUUUCAGAAGAAAAGUAAAAAUUAUAUAACUUUACGAAAAGCCAGUAUCCCAACGUUAUUUGCUCCACUUUGAUGAUCAAUGGAUGGUAAAUGGAUUCCCUAACGGUUGAAUUAGUGUUAUACAAAUUUUUGAAUAAUCCGUAUGGAAUUCAGCCCACCAUAGGAUGAAGGAUAAUGGACGGAAACUUCUUAGAAUUGAGGACUUCUUUUGAACAUAAAGAAAAAUCACGCUUAAAUACAAGUUUUUCGUCACAUUAUUUAAUGAUCUUUUA